UUUCCCACCGUGCGCCAUAUUUCCUUCUGCGUAAGUGUUUCAAGACACACGCUCUCUCUUUCUCCCUCUCGGAAUGUCCAUUCUUCUGUUCUCCCUUUUGAUCCUCCUGGCUACAGGAACAGAAGGGCUUUCCAAAACAUUCAAGAAGCCCCACUGUAGUGAGAUGGCAGAAAUUAUGGCAUGUCCUAUGAACUUGGUUCCGGUGUGCGGCACGGAUGGGAACACCUAUGCCAACGAGUGCGACCUGUGUGUGCAGAGACUAAGAACCAAAGUGGACAUCCUGAUCGCCAGGGACGGCAGUUGCUGAUCCUCUUUAAUGAUGGAGCAUCGUUACAAUAACGGAAAGAAACUCUCAGAUUAAAGCAUUCGAAAUGAUUCA